AUGAAGACUAUCAUCGCAGCUACACUGCUGUUCCACAUUACGCCCGCCCUGUCUUCCGUCGUCUUUCUCCUCUCCAGCGAGACAAAUGGUCAAGGCCUAUCCAAAUCUUGGGUCGUAGAUCGCUGGAAGUGCCAGAACCUUGGCGCUGACAUUGACAAGCAAGCAAGCUGGGCUUUUGUCGCUUCUGGUCUUGCAAAUGGUUGUUUCUUAUACGAGGAUGUGAAUUGUAUCGGACGAAAUCUGUACGUCGAGAAGAAUAAUUCGAACAUUCUCGGUCCAGGACCUGUAAAUCUCACGGAUUACGACUUUGAUGAUGUGGCGAGCUCCUUUUCAUGCGUUUAA